AUGCCUCCUCCGACACAGGAACGAGGAGCAGACACUUUCUUAUGGCGUAAUGAGGCGGGCCAUUACGUGCAUAAGUUUUCUGUGAAAGCUACUUGGAACUUGGUCAGGGAGCGUGCUCCUUUGGUUUCCUGGCAGUCUCUGAUUUGGUUCAAGGAAGGGAUCCCUAGAUGCUCAUUUGUUUCCUGGAUGGUUGCCCUCUCAAGGUUGCCAACGAGAGAUAGAUUGAUUGCUUGGGGAAUGAAUGUCCCGGCGCUGUGUGUGCUAUGCCCUUCGGGUCAUGAGUCACAUCAGCAUCUUUUCUUCCAGUGUCCAUUCGUGUCUCGAAUUUGGGCUCCGUACUGUGGGAACUAUGGUCUCUCUGUUCCAUCCUCACUCGAUGCGGUUGCUUCUCUUUUGGCUCUUCCUCGGGUUUGUGAAAUUCCAGGCCUCAAGGUAGUCCUAAAGAUCCUUUUGCAGGCUAUCAUCUACUGCUCUUGGAGGGAACGGAACUUGCGUAUCUUCCAGCAGACUCCUUCGACUGAAGCUGGCGUCAGAGCUCAAGUCCAUCUGUCUUGUCCGAGACCGCACUGCUACCAUUCAGCCACCGACUCCUACUUCGUCUCUGCUGCAGGUGUUUCUCUCGCUGUUACCCUCCGCUACAUUUGCUUAAUAAGGGCAUCUGCAACGGCUUUCUACUUGACAGUUGACAUAUCAAAACUUCUUGACAAUCUCCCGUAA